AAAAAUGAAAACAGGAAACGCAUGUGACUGGUGACAGAUCUUUCAGUGUAGACCGUUUUAACGGAUAUUUUGAUGUUUUUUGAAGGGAGUACCCCGUGUCAUUAAAGUGAGCAAUCAUGGUAAGACACAACCUUGCACCAACGGUAAACUCUGACUUGAUUGAAACACUAGAAAACAGUGAUGACGAUGGGGAGUUGGAUGAAGUUUCUUUGAAUUCUGAGUCUACUCAUGCAGGAGAUCUGCAUCUGAAAACAUGGCCAACUGUAAUAGGAGUGGUUCAACUGUGCAAUGGCUUCAUUACAGCUAUUCUGGGCACAUUGGAGCUGUUUGUUAUCCCCCUCAUUGAGUAUCCUGAUUCACCAGUACACCUUCACCUAGGCAAGGACAACUGCUAUGGAGCUGGACUACUGGCAGGAUUUUUUAUGAUAUUAACAGGAAGUGCGGCUAUUAGAUCAUCCAUUAGUCGGCGUCCUACCUCUGUAAGAAAGUUUUUUAACUUGACGUUAUUCACCCUGGUACUUUAUAUGGCAAUCACAGUCUUACUUAUUCUUGGCUACGCCCUGGAUUGGACGAAACAUGACCAGUACAAGGCAGACAGUAAGGUAUAUGAAGUACAUAUAUUUGUCACCAUCAGCACAGUGCUGGGGUUCCUCUUCUGCAUAGCAGCCUUCAUCCAAUACUAUGAGAUUGUUUUCUUUGGCCAUUUCCAAUUGUGUCGACGCUGGAUAUUGUGUUUGUGUCCGAGUCUGGCUGAGAAAUAUGAUGAUAAUUCAGAUUCAGAUAGUCAAGAUUGGCCUUUUGGUGCCAGCUAGGUAUCGAAGUCCGUCACAUGAGGGACUUCUUGAAGGCAAUUCCAGUAUGCCAGUCUGAAUGAGUGCUGGGAGUGGUGAAAGACAGAAGAAAAGAAAACUUGUGUAUGGAGGAUGAAACACUCCUGGACGAAGAGAAACACUUGUGCAUGGAGACAGAAGAUUUAAUACAUUAUAGUAAACUAUGUUAACGAUGAACUCUAUAGAGGAGGUAUAUGUUUAUUGUAUGAAAAUCACUGCAGUAAAACACUUUAACAAACCCUGUCACCUAAUCACCAAACCAGAAAAUAAUACUUCGAGAAUCAAUGUAAUUAAAAUCUAGAUGGUCAUUCUCACUACGUAUACGUUACAUGAACAUCUAUCAACAUCCCAUAAGGGGUCACGUUGGGGUGACCUUUUCGAUUAGCCAAUCAAAUGACUACUUCCCGAAUCUUGGAAGUGAAUUUUACAUGUGCGAAUUAGCAUGACUAGAGUGCAUAACUUGCAUAAUCGGUCAAUUUGUUUCACGUCAUUUCGUCCCAUGAAGCAUAUGUAGCUAUAUACAAGCUGUUCCUAAAUAGUUUGCUUCAGAUGCAAUUUGUGACGAAAUGGUUUGCUUUGAUGACAUCGACAAAUUGUCAAUUCGCCCUGAGAGUGAAAUACACACAUCUCAAAGGUCAUCAGAACGUGACCCCUUAUGGGAUGUUGUUAGAUGUUCAUGUAACGUAGUGAGAAUGACCAUCUAGAUUUUAAUUAGAUUGUUUCAGAAUAUGCAUAUUUUUGUAUAGACUGCGUUAUAAAUUGGUGUGUUUUGUUUUGGCGCUUUCAUGCGGAAUUUAACCACAGCCAAAAUACAUGUACAGUCAAAUUUCCUUACCUGGAGCUCUGAUUACUCAAAGACUUGGCUUAACUUGAGGUAAAAAUUCAGUUCCGACAGUUAAAAGUCUACAUGAUUUAUAAAAUAUACAGGGUUACAUGGAUCCAUCUGUCUUUAAGAUAACAAAGAUUGAUUGUAUCCCAAUUUAUGCGAGGUGAUUUAUGCAUUUUACUUACAUGUAAGAUGCAUCUAGGGUGUUAACAGAGUUCAUAUCCAUAUUAUCGGGAAGACUUUGUCAUUAAGGAACUAAUCACCAGAUCAUUCUCAAAACUUAUGAAGAUGAUUUUGGGGAAAUAUUUAAAAAUUUACAGAAAAAUCUGAGUUUUUGUUUUAUCUGUAGAUGAUAAUUUGAAUCUCUAUAGAUAAUCGUUUUAGUUUUGAAUUUUUAGUAUUUUUGAAAAUGUUAUAAGGGCUAUUCCAUUAAGAUAUAUACCUGACCCCAGGACUCCACAUUAAAUCACUUCUAUACAUGGUUGGAUUACCUUCCUAUUACUUAAGAAAUAAUUAACGAUGAUUUGUGUAUUGUUGCUUGAUAUACAAUGAGGAUGAGGAUAUUUUGCAAUUAAAUUAAUAACGAAGGCCACAGGCCUGAGUUAUUAAUUAAAAUUGCAAAAUAUCCGAGUCAAAGUUGAUUAUUUCCAUUCUACCAUGUACUGUUUAGCUCCGAGAUCUACCUCUUUCUAAUAGAAAAACGGCAAAGAAACCCCGGAAAAACCUUGUAAUUUAUUUCCUGAGUAUUGCAUUAUUUUGUUGAUAAAAUAUACAUGUCUUUACAGGCAAUACAGUACUACAAUCAAGAACAUCUAUCAUAUGGCAUUGAUUUGGAAAAUUAAAAAAAAGGAUGAAAAAAUAAAUAAAAGCGGCAUACGUAGGAUUCGAACUCGUGUCGUGAUAAAAAGCUAAGAAGAGACUAACCCAUUAGCCCACUUGGCUACAGUACCCGUAAUAUGAAUGGGUGAAUAUUAGAUACAUAACAUUGUAACAGCCGUGACUCACGAGCGUGUAUUACUGACACGAGUGUGUAUUACUGGCAAAUAAUACAUGGUUUUCAACCAAUCAAAACUGACGUUGCAUAGCAAACAUGGUAGAAUUCUAUAUAAUUUAUUAAAUAAAUUCUAUAUAGGUGGUACCCCUUAACCAAACAUGGAGUACUGGGGUGCGAUAUACGUAGAUGUUUUACUGGAAAAGCCCUAAUAGGAUGUGUUUAUUCAUAACCUAAAUCAGGUGGUAUCAUCAUUUAUCUUCAGUAGUUUUGUAAUCAGUGAAUUACUUUAAAAAUAAUUUGUUCUGAUUCUUGAGGUUUGAAAAAGUUUUGAAUUUUUUAAUCAGUCGUUAAUGAACAUGUUGUUCCGAUAUGUAAGACUUGGUGUUAGAAGGUCUUAAACUGAUGUUAAGAGACCAAAACCAUACUUUGAGAUUAUAUACAUAAGCUUAUUCCAAUUUUGAGUAAUCAUGGCUAAAAUAAAAUGUAGAGAGAGAAAGAAAGAGAGGGAAAAGAGAGGACAUAAAGAGGAGAGAGAGAAGGAAAAAGAGAAAAGAGAGAAAGAAAGAUUGGAUGUACUUGAUGUUUUUGUGUAGUCUUAUUUAUUGAAUAUAAAAAAAACCUGUAUUUGAUUUCUUCUGGAAUUAGUGUUUUGAGAGAUAUGUUUGCUUGGUGGGUUUUGCUCCAUGAACUGCCAGCGUCAUUUUGAGGCAGAGUAUCCUUGUAGUAGUUGGUGACUACCUCACUGAACAACAUGCGGGAGGCCAGUUGCAUGCCAUCCGGAGCAAUAGGGGUAAAGUGUCUCUUCCAAGGACACAUCCUUUACACCACACACCGGUCCGUUUCUCAUGGUCAGCUUCCCGAGAAACAAACUGACAUGGUUAGGGAUCAUUGAACCCACCCAUCAUCCAAGAUUAUGUGGCUGGCGGUCUAACCAAUCAUACUAUUGUGGCCCCUGUGAUUUGAUAAUUUGAUAAUGUGGGCAUUAUAUUAUAUGUAGUUUUUUCAUCAGUGAGUAAAGUGAAAUUUCACUUAGUUAAAAUAUGAACAAUUUAUUAAAGAAAAUUAAUUGUACUAAAAUGUGUAAAAGAAUUAGGUACUAAAAGUGAUUUCUAAAACAAGUAUGGUAAGUGAUUAAAAAUAAUAUGAACUAAUAAGAAAUAUAUAAAUUUGAAAGUUGAAAUAUUUCAAUUAUAGUUUCUACUCAUGUACAUUUUGUAUUUAUGCAUCCAUGUACAGUUUAUACUAUAUAGACGUAUUUGUAUAUUUUAAGUUGUUUUGUAUGAAUCACUCAGCUGGAACCUUAUCUGUUAAGAAAGCCAUAGAAUAUAUGACAGCAUUAUCAAUAAGUACAGUUAGUAAAUUGAAUUUUGAAAUAAUUUUAUGGUGUGUGAAAAAAAGUGAAUGCUUAAUACUGUUAAUAAUGAAUUGAAAUACAUUGUAUGUUCAAACUGUGUCUUGCAUAAAUUAUAUAUGCCGAUUUGCAUAGAUAAAAAAGUAUUUAACAGAUGAAAAAAUAACAAUGGUUAAAGAAUACAAAAAUGAUAUUAAUUUUAUGAAUUAUUGUAUUUUUGACAAAAGUGAUAUAUACUUCUUGAGGUUGUAAUUUUGAUGGUAAAGUCAUAAACAAUCGAUAUAGUCAUCCAGCCUCAUUUUGUAGUGAAUAUCAAACUUCAUGUUUAAUGUACCCAGUGCGUUCAAAUAGUUAGACAAUGGGGUGACGGCAGGCCUUGUAGUCACAAGUUCUUGUUGAAAUGCAUGCUUUUAUUCUAAUCGCCUUUUGUCCAUCGUCGUCUGUCUGUAAACAAUUUACAUUUUAAUCAAUGAAAUUUGGCAGGAAGCUUCUAUGGCUAAAGGUCAACCGAAAUUGUGAAUUAUAUGUUCCCCACUCCCAAGGGGUUUGAGGGGCGGGGCCAAAAAUCUUCUUCUCUGCUCUCAGAUAUGGUGGAAUCAAACACUGUUCAUAGAUGGAAGGGUCUUGAGGUGCUUUACCAAAAUUUUGAAUUUCAUGACCUUGGUGUCUCACGUUUGCCCCUGGGGAGGGGAUAAACUAUAGUUUAUAAAGGAAAAUCACAUCAGGUGACCAUCAAGGCCCAUGGGCCUCUUGUUUAUUUUCCGUGAUCUUUUUUUGCCUUACCUGCAAUGAAGUCACAAAGCAAGACUAUGGCGUUACUUUUCGUGUGACGGUGAUAAUGUCAUCAUGGUUUUGUGUUAAGAUCUGUUACUCCAAAAAUACAAGUCCAACUUUAACCAAUUUGGUAUAUAGAUAUAUCGCAUAGUGGCCAUCACAAAACACCUUUUAUUUAUUGAAUGUCACCCAGAAUUAAUGGUCCAGUGGAAAUUAAAUGAGGGAUGCUGGGAAUCGGAACUAUAACAUUUUGUUUCAUUAAAAGUAGAUGCAUCAAAGUUACCAACAAACCUGAGAUACAGUUCCAUUGUAGUAUGGACAUCUCAACACAUCCUACAGAUUACAUGAGAUUUAUUUUUGUGCUGUGUUUUUGGAUUAGAAACCUUGGAUUUUGAGAAAUCUAUAUAAAAUUGCUUCUCCAAUUAAUUUACAAAGAAGUUUAUAGCCAAAUUGAAAUGAAUUUUUAUGUCAGAUGUAUUUUUUCUCUCUAUUGAGAAAAUGUGAUUUUUGGAGUAAAAUAACACAUUUUUGUGAAUUGGCCACUUAGUGAAACUUGAUAUUUUUUUUGCGAUGAAUCAUAUCAAGUGAAAAUUUUUUGGUUUAGGAGAAACAAAACUGAAAUUUUAGUGAAUUGUUGUUCGAUUAAAACUUAGUCUAACAUAAUGGGACAGGCGAUACAGAUAAUUAUGUGUAAUUCUUGUUAGUAAUAAUAUCUUCAAAUAAAUCAAAAUUGAUUGUGAAACAGUGGAGAAUUGGAAGUAAGAAAAUGGCAAUAAAUGACUGUAAUGUCUGUGGUUCAUGAUAACAAUCACCGUGUGUUGAUCUGUUAAGUGUAGAGGAAUAUGUGGGAAGGUUGUCGAGAGAGUGGAUGAAUGUUUGUUUUUAUUAACUCCUGUUUUAUAUUGAUUAGUUAUAACCAUUUAUACAAAUAUACAUGAUUAUCCUUCAUGCUUUGUGUACAGAACAUAAUGAGAGAUGCCCAAUUAAAUGCUAAUUAUUAAGCUUCGUACAAUACUCGUCACAUGAUGUAUAGUGCCAGUACUCAUAUGUAAAUGUAUUGUGUAAAUAUAUUGUGUAAAUGUAUUACACUUCACAUUUAAUGCUUCCAUUGCAACUAUUUAAAGUUUAUAUGUACUGUUGAUGCUUGAGCUUGUUGCGAUUAAUUCUUUCUGUUUAUAUUAAUUAAUUGCCCUUCAUACCUUCGUAUCCAUGCUCAAGUGCAGGGCCCCACUGAACAACCCUCUGACCUUGGAACUGAUGUGGGUCAUUUUUUUGUUUUGUUUAAUCUCCUAUUUAAAGUUUACUGUGCUUUGCGGUAAGCUCACUGCCCUAAUGAAAAGGAAAUACUGAAAAAAUAUUCGGAGGGAGUAUGGUACUUCCAUGUACAAAAAUAUUCAACCAUUUGUCAGUUAUAAAACUUUUGAUGUAUAGUUUGUUUGGGUUUUACGGCCCAUGAAAAGCUGGGUCAUUUAAAUGUAUAGCAUUUGUAAACGAUGAAAUAAACCUAAUUAGUGAUGGUAUAUUGUGAAUUACAUAUCUAGUGUAUUCUCACCAAGAAUCAGUCUUGUAGUAAUAGAUUAAAUUUGAAGAAACUCGCAGGGACGGAUAUACACGCAGAGGGGUUGACCAGUAGAUUUGAUCUAUUUUCGAUAAAUCCCAUUUUCACCAAUUUCUUGCUCUUUUUCUCAAAUAAUAAUUUCUGAUAGAUAUAGUUUUGAUUUAGAAAUAUCAUAUUAGACUAUGGGCACCUUCUUAAGUUUGAAAGAGAUUAUGAUAUAGGGCAUUUUUAUUUAAUCAUCUACACAUUUUUUAGUCAAUAUUAAUGCUUCAUCCAGAAAUAGAAACUACUAGCAAUAUUGAACACAACAAACACAUCAAUAUUCCUCUAUUGCCAGUAACAGAUCUGUUAAUGAGAAGGAAUAUACAUUCAUAUUCCUGAAUUUUAGGUGCUGACCGCAGACCAGUGUUUAUUCUCCGGGUACUCCGGCUUUCCUCCACCUCCAAAACCUGGCAUGUCCUUAAAUGAUCCUGGCUGUUAAUAGGACGUUAAACAAAACAAGCGAAAACCAAUCCUGAGUUUUAAAGAAUUAUUGAAAUAAUUAGAUAUUGAUUUGGGGUGUGUUUCCCAUUUCCUCAUUACUGGUAAUUAUUUGUUUUGUUUGAAAAUGUUACUUUGAAAUAUAUGGAUGCUGUAAAUAACUAGUCAUACUGAAAAUAUUGUUCUCUGUAAGGGAGGAUUCAUUAGAACAAAUUUGUCAACGAUCAAGCAAUGCAAAAUGUUUUUCCUAUUUAUUGAACUUGUUAGAAAUAAUCCAUGGAGUAAGAUCUUUUAAUGAUUCAAAUGUCCACAUUUCAAAAAUACUGAAUUUUAUUUUGCUGCGAAUCUUACAGUUGUAGUUUACUUAAAUUACAUUUGUUGUAUUAAAAUGGAUUAACGUGAAUCCACAAAGAUGAAGAGUUGAUAAAGGACCUAUUUAGUUUUGUCAGAGACUAAUCAUCUGCAUACUCCCUGUUUUAUUAUGAAAGAUUCAAGUGAUUCCUUUAUCAAAACAGAACAUAAAUUGACCAAAACAUUGUACUGCACAUGUAGUUUUGAUUUAUAAUAAAUCAUAGAACUUUGAACUAGAAACAUUUUUCAAGAGUUUCUGAAGAAGGAAGCUGUAAAUUAAAAUACAAGAAAUUUUGUCGAUACAUGUACUGGAAUUAUUCAUUUUUGAAAAUCUAAAAUGGGAUUCAAAACAAGAACAAAUAAGCAAACUAGUUUUUUGCAUUUGACUGAAAAAAGUUCGACUUUUGAUGGUGUUCUGUCUAAUGACCACUAGUUGACAUUUAUGACAUAAGUGCUAAUUUUAUGACCACUAAAGUGCUUUGUAGGAGUGAGUUGGUUGAAUACCAUUGUGUAUGACAACAUAUUAUGACAAAUAAAGAAUAAAGUAAGUUG